UUUCCUUUAUGAUCUCACGAGACUUCCGAGACAAUCUCGCCGGUGUUGUCAACAGCUGAUAUUUUUCUGGAGCACGUCAAAUAUUAUUAGGCGGAUAAUCGACUUUGGAUCGGUGCUGUGUUGCAUUUUGCUUGUUUUAUUUUUGCACAAACACUAAUCAUGGCAGAGACAGAUCCGAAAUCAGUGCAAGACCUGACAGCAGUGGUGCAGACGUUGCUGCAGCAGAUGCAGGACAAAUUCCAGACGAUGUCAGAUCAAAUCAUCGGGAGAAUCGAUGAGAUGAGCACACGCAUCGAUGACCUGGAGAAGAACAUCGCUGACCUGAUGACUCAGGCUGGGGUAGAGGAAGCAGAAGGAGAGAACAAGGCCAAAGAAGGCGAAGCUUCUUAAUGAAGGAUUUUCUGGUAACGAUGGAAUAAAGGAAACUCCGAGAGCAGCAACCUUUCUCCAGUAGCGCUGCCUGAUCUGAUCUGAUCUGUUGUAUUGUUGUAUAGUUCUUUUUAUACUGACUUCAGCUAAUACUUAUAGAUAUUCCUGAUAGUGUUCUCUAAUAUUUAGGCUUUUCUUUAUGGAUAGUGCAUAUCAUUUUUUUAGCACGCUUUAUAAGGCCAGCCAGCAGCAUGGUUGAGGCCUGGUACUGUAAUAUGAGCGCACUCUCUGUGCCAAACACCAUUCCAGUUUCAACUGAGUUUGUGCUAAUAAAAUGGUUUCAUAUAAAACAG